AUGAGAGGGGUCAAUUUAAGAAUUGCUCUCAGAUCUUCUGGAAGGCAAUUGUCGGGUUCUACCAGAUCGUUUUCUAGAUUCCCUGUUCUUCACCAGCAGGUUAACGGAGGUGAACCAAGUCCCCGGUCCAGCUCCGCUUCCAAUUCUGCCGCUGACAAUGGCUCAAAUAUCAACUCCAGUGGUAGUGGUAGUGGUGAGAACAAUAGCAAGACCGGUGGUAACUCGAAUGUUUGGGCUUAUUUAGGAGUGACUGCAAUUGCAGGCACAGUUUCAUUUUUGACAGCUAAAACCGUCUAUCAGACUGAAAAGAGAGGUGCUUCAAUUGAGAAGAAUUGGGAAGAUGCUAAAUAUGGUGGUAAAGCAGAAUUUCUCGAAGCCCUUCCUCAACUCGAGGCUAUUGUUGGAAAGGAUGGCGUGUCUACCGAUCAAGAAGAUCUGAAAGCACAUGGCUAUUCUGACUGGUCGACCUAUAACAUCGAUACAAACCCGAUUGCUAUAGUAUAUCCUAAAAGCACUGAAGAAGUGUCUGAAAUCGCAAAAAUCUGUCAUAAAUACAAGUUGCCAAUGAUCGGAUUUUCUGGUGGCUCGAGUUUAGAGGGACAUUUCAGUGCUUCGUUCGGUGGAGUUUGCAUUGAUUUUAUGAAUAUGAACAAGAUCCUGUCCAUUCGUCCAGAAGAUAUGGAUGUCACGGUACAACCUGCAGUUGGAUGGAUGGCCCUGAAUGAACAUUUAGAAAAGUUGGGUCAUAAUUUGUUUUUUGCAGUGGAUCCUGGUCCAACUGCCAAGAUCGGAGGUAUGAUUGCAACCUCUUGUUCAGGAACAAACUGUGUUAAAUAUGGGCCUAUGCGCGAUCAUGUUGUCAAUCUCACUGUCGUUUUAGCUGACGGUACAAUAAUUAAAACCAAGCGUCGUCCUAGAAAGUCGUCUGCUGGAUACAAUCUAAAUCACUUGUUCUGUGGAUCUGAAGGUACUCUAGGUUUGAUUACCGAAGCUACCUUAAAACUGCACACUGUGCCAGAAAACACCAGUGUAGCAGUAGCUACUUUCCCCACAGUCCGUGAUGCAACUGAAGCUGCCUGUGAAAUAGUCCGUGCUGGUAUUCCUGUUCAAUGUGUCGAGUUUAUGGACGGACUCCAAAUGGCCUGUGUAAAUAAAGCUGGAUACACGUCUCGAAAGUGGGAAGAGAAGCCAACUCUUAUGUUCAAAUUUGCCGGAACUCAAGCUUAUAUUAAAGAGCAGAUUCAGCAGUCCAAUGUGAUCACCAAACGCAAUUCUGGUCACAGUUUUGAGUUUGCUUCUGAUAAAGAAGAGCAGCACCAAUUGUGGUCUGCUCGUAAGGAAGCGUUCUGGUCCAUCCUCGCUUUAGGACCACCAAAUAGCAAAGCUUAUACUACCGAUGUCGCUGUUCCCAUGUCCAAAUUGGCUGACCUUGUCAAGAACACGGACGAUGACCUUGCGGCCUCUGGCAUUUUUGGCGCCUGUUUGGGCCAUGUUGGAGACGGCAACUUCCACGCUACCAUAGCCUACGAAGCCAAAGACUACGACAAAGUCAAAAAAAUUGCCGACAACCUCGUCCGCAAGGGUCUUGAGCUCGAAGGUACCUGUACGGGAGAGCAUGGCGUCGGUGCCGGCAAAGUCAAGUCCCUCGUUCUGGAACUGGGCCCUGAACCAGUGCAGCUCAUGAGAACUAUCAAGCUCGCACUCGAUCCCUUCGAGCUGCUCAAUCCAGGAAAGAUUUUUACUAAAGAGUCUCUCCAAGGAAACAUCCUCGAAGAAAGCUAA